AUGGCUCCAAGAACCCAGCCUGUUGUCGCCCAGGGCACUCGGUCAUUGAGAACCAUCAGUUCCGAGCUGGAAUUCCUCGUAGACAUAGAUGUCAUUUCCCAGGCCCAGCGAUCCGCCAUUCUUGCACAACUCCCCAGCGAGGCACAACUCCAAACUUCAGUACAGCAGUCGACCGCAGAUUCACCACCGCCAACGAGUCAAUUGUCCAGCAUGCGUUUGAACGAGAAGAGUCCCGAACCACAACCCUACAACGACCCGCUUCCCCCGCCCGCAUACGCCUCUGGGCCUCCGAUUCUAUCCAUCGCGUCUGCCCUUUACGCCUACACGCCUACCGAUGCUGGGGAUUUGGCUUUGCAGCCUCAAGAUAAAAUUCAGGUUCUGGAGCACAUGAAUAAUGAUUGGUGGCGAGGCCGGAAUGAACGCACACGCCUAGAAGGAAUCUUUCCCCGAACCUAUGUCAGUGUGAUUGAGGAGAAAUCGACAAUUCAUUCACCACAGCCAGUCAGCAGCUAUGGCAAUCUUCCUCUUGAGGUGUCCCAUUCAGGCUCCUCUGGAUCCCAUAGACCAAGCAAGUUCGAAGAGAAUGGGAAGAAAUUCGGAAAGAAAAUGGGUAACGCCGCAAUCUUCGGUGCUGGUGCGACCGUCGGCUCCAAAAUCGUCAACGGCAUUUUUUAA